AUGAACAACAAGAACAACAACAGAAUUCAUGAUGUUAACUCUGAACUGAUCCAUGUGAACACAACGUCUACAAGAAUUUUAUGUGAUUGUUUUCGACGAAACAGAAAAUUAAGCUGUAUGAUAAUAUGCAUUGUUGUUCUCGUUGUGAUCGUCAUUAUUCUCUAUGUCUUUAUUCGAACAAAGAAAACUAACAUCAACUUCAACAACACCACCACCACUGAACAGUUCAACGCUGUAAUCACUGAACAAUCCAAAACUACAAUCACUGACCAAUCUAAAAGCACAAUCACUGAACAGUUCACCACUAUGGUCACUCAACCUGACAAAACUACAACUAUUGAACAACUCAGAACUUCAACUGUGUCAACAGAAAUAACGACAUCUCCUUGUUCAACAUUAACAAUGAACAAUUGCAACACUUUAUUUUCCUGUUUCUAUUCAUAUAAACUUAACGAGAGAAUCGCAUCCUUCGCUGUUCAAGAUGUCAAUGAUGAUCAUGCACCAGAUAUCAUUGUCUUAAUUGGUAUCAGAACAAGUCAAAUCAGCAUUUUGUUUAACAAGGGUGAUGGUACAUUCAUGACACCAAGCACUUCUGAUAGUUUUGGAAUGGUACCUAUGAUAUUGUCCACAGGAGAUUUCGAUAAUGACAAGAAAUUGGAUCUAGUUGUUAUUAAUGUGUUUACACUAACAGCAAUUGAGGUUCUUUUUAAUUAUGGUAAUGGCACAUUUAUGAAACCAAUGAAAUAUCAAACUCAAGAAACACCAUUUUUCCUCUCAAUCGCAGAUAUGAACAAUGAUGAUAAACUUGAUAUUGUUAUUGGAUAUGUCGCUUCUAAUAACAUCUCAAUUUUAUUCAAUUUAGGCAACAAAUCUUUCAAACUCUAUGAUAUUUUCAAUUUUAGACAUUAUUUUGAAUCAAUUCUCAUUGCUGAUCUUGAUAAUGAUCAUCAACAUGACAUCAUUCUCUUUCACAAAAAUAUCUCAACAAUUGGUAUUGCAUUUAAUGAUCAACAAAAUACAUUUGACCAACGAAUUUAUUAUUCAUUCAAACAAAAUCUAAUUGCAUUGGCAAUAAUUGAUAUUAAUAACGAUGAAUUACAAGAUAUCAUUGUCGCAUUUGAUCAUGAAAAUUAUAUUUCUAUUCUGAUUAACAUUGGUAAUCGAACAUUUGUUAACAAAUUUCAAUAUUUUGUUGGUCAAUAUUCACAUCUCAUUACAAUAGUUGAUUUAAAUCAAGAUAAGAAAUCAGAUAUUAUUCUUAUAAAUACCCAAUCAAAAAGUAUCACAAUUCUUUUCAAUCAAAAUUCAACUGAAUUUAAUAAACAAAUUAGAUGUGAACUUCCAAAUAUAUCAUCAUCAAUCAUCUUCAUUGAUAUUAAUUAUGAUUCUAAACUUGAUAUAAUCUUUCGAGAUACAAUUAAUAAUUAUAUCAAUGUUUCUUUACAUAAUUGA